AUGGCGAUUGCGGCUGUCGGCCAGAUCUGCUCCACGGCAUCUGUCAAGGGGAAUCUGGAACAAUGUGUGAGGCUGGUGGCGAAAGCCGCGCGUGGAGGAGCCAAAGUACUCUUCCUCCCUGAGGCGUCCGACUACAUCGCGCCCGACGGUCAGACGUCUCUCGAACUCGCCGAGCCGCAACAGACGUCGCCUUUUGUAAAGGGUCUGCAGGAUGCGGCGCGGGAGCACAGCGUCGCGGUGCACGUGGGCAUCCACCACCGUCCCGAGCCCGAACCCGGCGCCGCCGUGCACCGCAUCCUCAACCGGGCGCUGUACAUCGGAGCCGAUGGGGCCGUGGUCGACUCGGCGUCGUACGACAAGCUCCACGUCUUUGACUAUGGUAACCUCCGGGAGAGCGCCACCGUGCGGCCCGGCCCCGCACUCACCCCGCCGUUUGACUCGCCCGUCGGCCGGAUCGGGAGCCUCAUCUGCUUCGACCUCCGAUUUCCGGAGCCGGGUCUUCUACUCUCCCAGCCGGGGCCAGGCAGCCCUUGGGCCGGACGUCCCGCGCAGGUGCUAACGUACCCGAGCGCGUUUACGCUCCGCACGGGUGCAGCACACUGGGAGACGCUGCUGCGAGCGCGGGCCAUUGAGACGCAGAGUUACGUGGUGGCUGCGGCGCAGGUAGGACGGCACAACGAGAAGAGGGCCAGCUGGGGGCAGAGCAUCGUUGCUGACCCCUGGGGCCGGGUCGUCCUCAAGCUCAAGGGUGUCGUUUCCGACCCGAAAGAUGUGCCAGAGGGAACAGCUGAAGAGGGUGCCGUGGGAGAGAUUGGAUUCGUCGAGAUUGACAUUGAUGGAUUGGAGAGGGUCAGGAAGGAGAUGCCUCUUCAGCGGAGGACGUGA